AUGAAACAUUAUUCUUUCUUUGUGGGGCUCAAUAUGGGUACGAUUUGGUUAAGGUUAUUAGGGAUAAUCACAUUGAUAAUUAUGAUAAAAGGAGCAGAAGUGAGUUAUGAUGGAAGAUCAUUGAUCAUCGAUGGGGAGAGAAAGCUCUUGUUUUCGGGUUCGAUUCAUUAUCCACGGAGCACACCAGAUAUGUGGCCAUCUCUAAUAGCAAAAGCCAAGGAUGGCGGUGUAGAUGCAAUUGAAACAUAUGUAUUUUGGAACCUUCACGAGCCUCAACCUGGCCAGUAUGAUUUCAGUGGGAGACGUGAUAUAAUAAAGUUUAUCAAGGAAAUUCAAGCUCAAGGCCUUUAUGCCGUCAUCAGGAUUGGACCCUUCAUCGAGAGUGAAUGGAAUUACGGAGGUUUUCCAUUUUGGUUGCAUGAUGUCCCAGGAAUUACUUUUCGAUGUGACAAUGAACCCUUUAAGUUCUAUAUGCAAAACUUCACAACAAAAAUUGUCAACAUGUUCAAAUCAGAAGGACUAUAUGCUCCACAGGGAGGGCCUAUCAUACUUUCACAGAUCGAAAACGAAUACCAGAAUGUUGAAGCUGCUUUUCAUGAGAGAGGUCCACCUUAUGUUCGUUGGGCGGCCGCCAUGGCUGCAGGACUUCAAACUGGAGUUCCAUGGGUGAUGUGCAAGCAGAAUGAUGCACCUGAUCCUGUGAUAAAUACUUGCAAUGGAAUGAGAUGUGGCGAGACAUUUGUAGGGCCUAAUUCACCAAACAAACCAGCAAUCUGGACAGAAAACUGGACAAGUUUUUAUCAGACUUAUGGUGACAAGACUCCCUUGAGAUCAGCAGAGGAUAUUGCGUUUCAUGUCGCAUUAUUCAUAGUGAAGAAGAAUGGAAGUUUCAUAAACUACUAUAUGUAUCACGGAGGUACCAAUUUCGGAAGAACAUCAUCAUCAUUCAUUAUCACAAGCUAUUAUGAUCAAGCGCCACUCGAUGAGUAUGGUUUGAUCAGGGAACCAAAGUAUACUCAUCUCAAGGAGUUACAUAAAGUGAUCAAGUCAUGUUUGAAGACCAUACUCUCUGGAGCAGUCACUAACUCAUCCCUUGGGAAACUGCAGGAAGCAUACGAGUUCCAAGAAGAAGAAGAAGGAAAAUGUGCAGCCUUUCUUGUCAACAAUGACAAAAGAAAAAUAGCAGAGGUGCAGUUCCGGAACUAUACUUAUGAACUACCUCCAGUGUCUAUCAGCAUCUUACCAGAUUGUAGCACGGUAGCCUUCAACACAGCUAAGGCAAGCACGCCAUUCAAUAAUAGAUCGACUCUACCAGUUAUUGAGUUUGACUCAACAGACAAAUGGAGCGAAUUUAAGGAAGAUGUCCCAGAAUUUGAGGAGACGUCACUAAGGUCUAACUCAUUGUUGGAGCACAUGAAUGUCACAAAAGAUAGCACAGAUUAUCUUUGGUACAUUACUCGGUUUUCUUUAUCAGGUUCAUCAGACACUCGAGCAUUACUUACUGUGAAUUCAAGAGGACAUGCUUUACAUGCAUAUGUUAAUGGAGAACCUACUGGUUCUGCAAAUGGAACUCACAAGAACACAUCUUUUAAAUUGGAAAACACUGUUGAUUUAGUUGAAGGAAAGAAUGACAUCUCCCUACUCAGUUUAACAGUAGGGCUUCCGGAUUCUGGGGCAUUUCUUGAGCGCCGGGCUGCCGGGUUGAACAAAGUUCUGAUGCAGCACAACGAUGACACAAAGGAUCUUAGCGAGUCUGAGUGGGGAUAUCAGGUUGGAUUGCAAGGGGAGAAUUUACAACUUUACACAGACGAAGGAUCAAGUGCUGAUCAGUGGAGCCAACUGAGUUCAUCGCCUCAACCACUAACAUGGUAUAAGACACAAUUCGACGCUCCUGGGGAUGAUGGUCCGUUUGCAAUAAAUCUAGGAACCAUGGGGAAAGGCCAAGUAUGGAUCAACGGUCAAAGUAUUGGCAGAUAUUGGGUUUCCUUACUUACAGAUACUGGCUCUCCUUCACAAACAUGGUACCAUAUACCAAGAUCCUUUCUCAAACCUGCAAGCAACCAGCUGGUUUUGUUUGAGGAAGAAGCUCGAAGCCCUCUCGGCAUUUCCAUCGACACCAUCUCAAAUAAUAAAGUAUGUGCAAAGGUAUCAGAUACGCGAGCAGAGAAUUUGUUUCCAGACGAAAAACCAAAAGCAAGAUGCAGAAGACAUGUGAAACACCACCACAAACAACCUAGACGAGUUCGGCUACACUGUCCAUCCAGAAAAGUAAUUUCUAGACUUUUGUUUUCAAGCUUGGGAAGCCCUGUUACUGACUGCGGAAGUCAAGCCAUUAGGAGAUGCCAGUUCUCAAAUUCAACAACAAUGGCUAAAAAGGUUUGCAUGGGGAAGAGGCAUUGCUCUAUCCCUCAUUCAUAUAAACAAUUUGGUGGAGAUCCAUGUCCAGGCAUUCCCAAAUCGAUAUUAGUCACAGCAGAAUGCUCAUAA